GUCUGAUCAAACGGUCGUCUCCUUCCUCGCGACCGCCCAAGCUCCGUAUCCAUCUUCCCCUGCCGACUGCCGUGCACGACCACGUUUGCCUCCGCGCCUAAGCAAACCACGCCCCAACCCUUCCAGGCCAAGAAACCGCCCCGAUUUAUGCCGGCCCUCCCGCGCCCAGCACGAUGCCGCCGCCGCCGCACCCACGAACACACAUCAUACAUGGCGCACGCUGGUGAAAUGGCGUCCUUCUACGACGCCUGGGUGGGCCGCGAGGAGGAGAUGGUGUCCGACCUCACGGCCGCGCUCGGGGCGCGCCGGCGCGACGCGCUGGCGCCGCUCGUGGACGCCGCCAUGGACCACGUGGCAGCCUACUACGAGCACAAGGCGAGCCUCGCCGACCGCGACGUGGUGGCGGCGCUGGACCAGCGCUGGCUCAACCCGCUGGAGCGCACCUUCCUGUGGGCGUGGGGGUGGAGGCCCGCGCUGGUGUUCCGCUUCGUGGACGGCUCCGGCGCCGUGGGCCCGCGCCAGCGCCGCGAGCUGGAGGACCUGCGCGCGGCCACGGCGGCGGCCGAGAAGGAGGUGGACCGGGAGGUGGCGGCCGUGCAGGAGUCGCUGGCGGGCCCGCGCGUGCUGGAGGCGUUGCGCCAGCGCCGGCAGCACCCGGGCAACGGCGUACAGGCCGACGAGGCCGUGGCCGCGGUGGGGCGGUCGCUCCGCGUGCUGCUGGCCGCGGGCGACGCGCUCCGCGAGCGCACUGUGCGCGGCGUCGUCGGGGUGCUGGCCCCGGACGCGGAGCAGGCGGGCGCCUUCGUCGCGGCCAUGCUGAGGUUCCACCUCGGCGUCCACCGAGCUGGGCGCGCCUGGAGCUCCGGCCACGGCGGCGGCCGCCGGGGCCUCUAGCCGGUGAACUCCAAGAUAAACUAUGCCCCAUUGCGUCCGAUCAAGCACAAGGGGAGAAAUUAUGCCCCGUCUCAUGGCAUUGUCCGUGUCAGUCUAGCCAUUGCAAUAAGAGUCGGCCGAGUUAUGUUUGCUCGAGUCGUCCGGUCAUGUGGUUUCUUGUUGUUCGGCAUGUCGAAUUGCUUAUCAUGUCAACUGUCAUUUUCAAUGGUCGCGGCCGGCGUAAGUCGCCGUCUUCCGAUGUCAGGUCACUCACUAGUCCAGCGUCAAGUAUCAUCGUCUUGACUCGAAAAAGAAAGUAUCAUCGUCUC